GGCCCGGCCCGGCCCCGCCCGAUGUCCAUGAGCGCGAACACCAUGAUCUUCAUGAUUCUGGGGGCGUCGAUCGUGAUGGCCAUCGCGUGCUUGAUGGACAUGAACGCGCUGCUGGACCGAUUCCACAACUACAUCCUCCCGCACCUGCGGGGCGAGGAUCGCGUCUGCCACUGCAACUGUGGCCGGCACCACGUCCACUACGUGAUCCCGUACGACGGGGACCAGUCUGUGGUGGACGCCUCCGAGAAUUACUUCGUGACAGACAACGUCACCAAGCAGGAGAUCGACCUAAUGUUGGGGCUGUUACUCGGCUUCUGCAUCAGCUGGUUCCUGGUGUGGAUGGACGGCGUCCUGCACUGUGCCGUGCGCGCCUGGAGGGCCGGCCGGCGCUACGACGGUUCGUGGACCUGGCUGCCCAAGCUGUGCAGCCUGCGGGAGUUGGGCCGGCGGCCGCACAGGCCAUUCGAGGAGGCGGCCGGGAACAUGGUGCACGUGAAGCAGAAACUCUACCACAACGGCCACCCGAGCCCGCGGCACCUCUGAGCCGCGCGCAGGACUCGCGGGGCCGCCGGCCACCGCGCCCACGCUCACGGGACUGGACGGCCGGCCGGGUGCGGGGCCGCGUG